UUUCCAAACUGUGUGUUUGUAUUGUCGACAGGGAUGCAGACCAACUCUCUCCAAGUCAUGAUAGUAUGCUCUUGGUUGAAGCCGAGUUUCUCAAAGGGAUGAUGGCAGAUGCGCCAACUCAGAACUCUAGCACCCGUCAUACCCGUCUAUUCCAGCGCGUGGUCGAACAACCUUCUCUGACAGCUGUUCCCAUCGUUGGUAGAGCCGCGAGAACUGUCUUCGCAUCGGAAUAACAUCAAAGGGCCCCCCCUAUUUCCCAGUGUAAGUAAACUCAUCCUAUGAAAAAGCACCACAACCGCCGACUUUCCCAACGAUUACCCUCAUUUUUUAUACUCAGAAUUUGGCCCCGUCUCGGCGCUCGCAGCUUUCAUCCACUGCUCUCCUCCAACAUGCCCCUCGCCAUCACCUUCCCACUUCCUUUCCUGGAUCUUUUGCUCACUGCGUCCCCUCGCCCCCCGCCCCUCACUUCUUGCCCCUCCUUCCCUUCUUUUCUUCUUUUCAUCCUCCACCGCUGUUUUUUCUUGGUGCCCUAAUCCGCAGCGAAGGGCCUCUUCUCUUCUGCCAUCUUUUUAUUUCUCUCGUUCAUCAUCCACCGCCUUUCAUCCAAUCCACGCCUCCUCAAACCUCCUUUCCCUCCAGCUUCCUGGCGACGAGAGUAAUACAACCCCCAUCAGGCCGUCGCCAUGAUUCAAAAUCGACCUCGUCGGGUUGUAGUUCAGCAGAAGCGACGUGUGCUGGGAGAGCUGACUCAAACCAUGACCUCUGUCUCUCUCGUCACGGUCCCAUGAAGCGCCGCCCCAUCGUCCUAGAGCAAGAGAACAAGCUUGCUGUUUUGACCGGAGUGCAACGUGGAAUUCACGGCAUGAAUGAGGUGGUGGUAUUGACUAACUAUCAGGGCAGCUUACCCGCAGCCUCGGCCGAAGUUACCCAGGCCCCAGGUUACACUCACCAACAGCCCCAGUUUCUGUCUCCUGUCACCCCGUCUCGCCAGGAGCCACUUGCGGAAGCUGAGGAAGUCGGUAUGGAGCACUACCGAACUCAAGACCACGAGGUGGCAGUUCAAGAGGCUCGGGGCCAGUUUGAAGAGGAGCUAGAGGAUGGGCCAGAGGGAGAUUUGGACCAAGAUGAGCCGGCGCCGGAGGACGACGACCCUGACGCCUAUGGCUAUAGAGAGCCUCGCGAUGACGACACCUACUACAGCGAGGAAUACAUGGAUGAAGACGACUUUGACGACGGGCAGGAGCAGGACGGUUCCGACCAGCCUCAGGAACCCCCAUUUGACCCCACUGCUCUCGGAUUGAAGGAGAUCAACAACCUUGCGCAUUUUGGAGUCAGCAGCCACAAGCCCGGAAAUGGAGUUACCGAGCUCUUGAGCGACGAUACAGACAAGUACUGGCAAUCGGACGGCCAACAGCCUCACCUUCUCACGAUGCAUUUUGUGCGCCGUGUUGAGAUCCGUGCCAUCCGGUUCUACGUGGAUUAUAGCCAAGACGAGUCUUAUACGCCUACCAAUAUUGUCUUCUAUGCCGGGACAAGCCCUCAUGAUCUGAUUCAGUUUGCCGAGAUGCCUCUGGUGAACCCCGUGGGUUGGCAAGACGUUCCCAUCAGCGAUGCUGGCGGCGGCUAUGAUGGACACUCGUUGUGUUGCUGGGUGGUGCAGAUGCACGUCAAAGAAAACCACCAAAAUGGCAAAGACACCCACAUCCGUGGCAUCAAGAUUUACGGCCUGGAUGAGAACUUGGUGGGGGGAGCGGCGCUAGAAGACCUGCCCCGGGAACCCACCAUCAAUCUUGCCUCACGCCCUUCCAACCGAGCCACACUGCAAAGCUUGACCGUGGACGAGGAAAAGACUCUCCAGGAGCUUCUUGAUUCUUUUGACCAAAAUCCGCCUUCUGGGGAUGGGAGCUUCUCAAACUUCCCCGACUUUAUGCGGGAGCCCGAGAUUCGCUGAAGGAUUUGUUUGUUACCAACACCACCUGCUGCCUCUAUUGCAUUUAAGGAGGUACGUUGUAUGAGUAUUGGCGGCUGGAGGAGUUUUGCAUGUAUAUGGCGUUUGGUGGUCGACAAAAUUUAGGGUCAUUGGGUUGUGCAAGCAUGGAUGCUAGAUAAGGUACCCGGCUGGCGUGUGGCAUGUCAGGUUUUUCUUGUGAUGGAUGAACGCAAUGGCCCUGUCGGUGGUACUAAUAGCCAAUAACUGGAAAUGGUAUAUAUUCUUGAAGUCACUCUUGAUAAGUAUAGAAAGGACUCUGCAUUUACCUGUC